AUGGCUUUAGUUUUUUUCAAAGGUGCGGGCAAUUGGUUUUUAUUGCAAGCAUUAGCCAAAUGGUACCGUAAUUUAUUUAAACCGGUAAAAACUAGCAACAAAAAUUUAAAAAGGGAUAAGGAAAGCGUUUUUAAUAACGCAAUAAUAAUUAAAUAUGCAAUUAAACCCCCGCGAAUAUAUUUAUAUUAA